GUUUUUUUAUAUUAGUUUGUGCCACCCUCCACAUAGCAAGUAACACGGCUCAUCUUGUUUGAGACUACCGCAUAGUGAGACGACCUCACAUUAAAACUUUUUAUUAACAUAAGCUAGAUAAAUCAAAAAGAAAUGGAAGCACCGCAUCAUAUUCCCUGGCGGCCUGGCGCCUGACCAUACCAAUUCAAUAUCAACAACUCAUGACCGUACCAUUCUAGUGUGUACUACUGAGAGGACAAAUUUGGGUUCUUGAUUUGCUCUGAAAAUGGAGAUAAAGGGGACGCCGGAACAACAUGGUUACUGGAUGCCUGCUGAAUGGGAGUCUCAUUCCCAAUGCUGGAUGGGUUGGCCUGAAAGAUUUGAUAAUUGGCGAGACAAUGCAGUUCAUGCUCAGCGUGUUUUUUCUAAAGUAGCAACUGCUAUUUCUAACUUUGAACCUGUCACUGUCUGUGCUAGCCCUGCUCAGUGGACAAAUGCAAGGAGUCAGUUACCCCCCAACAUCAGGGUUGUUGAAAUGAGUAUGAAUGAUUCUUGGUUUCGUGAUACUGGACCUACUUUUGUAGUGAAUAAGAGUGCAUCUGGGGCUCAGAAUUUAGCUGGAAUUGAUUGGAAUUUUAAUAGUUGGGGUGGUAUUGAUGACGGUUGUUAUAAGGAUUGGACACUUGACGUCCGUGUUGCAAGGAAGAUUUUAGAGAUUGAGAAAGUUUUUAGAUUCCCUCAUUCUAUGAUUCUAGAAGGUGGCAGUAUUCAUGUUGAUGGGGAAGGAACUUGCCUCACCACAGAGGAAUGUCUCUUAAACAAAAAUAGAAACCCGGAUAUGACUAAAGAACAGAUUGAAGAUAAUCUUAAGAAAUACCUUGGAGUUCGGAAGAUCAUUUGGCUGCCACGAGGAUUAUUUGGUGAUGAUGAUACAAAUGGUCAUAUAGAUAAUAUGUGCUGCUUUGUCAAGCCUGGUGUUGUGCUGUUAUCCUGGACGAAUGAUAAAUCAGAUCUACAGUAUGAACGAUCCAUUGAAGCUUUGUCAGUUCUCUCUAAUACCACAGAUGCCAAUGGUAGAAAAUUAGAAGUAAUUAAACUUCAUAUCCCAGGCCCACUGUAUAUGACUGAUGAGGAAGCUGCUGGUGUUAUCCAGGAUGGGGAGGCAAAACCAAGAGAACCCGGUACUCGACUUGCUGCUUCAUAUGUGAAUUUCUAUAUUGCCAAUGGAGGCAUUAUAACUCCUCAAUUCGGAGAUGAGAAAUGGGACAAUGAAGCUGUUCGUGUUUUAAAAGAAACCUUUCCAGACUAUGAGGUAGUAAAAAUCGAAGGCGCUAGAGAAAUUGUUUUGGGAGGUGGAAAUAUUCAUUGUAUAACCCAGCAACAGCCAGCUAUCAAGUGAAGUUGAAUAAGAGUUUUUAUGAAGCGUCCACGACCUGCUAUUUUUUUCGUACCUGUAUCUUGCCUUUGGGUUGUUCCAUUCUCUUAAUAACAGCAAGUCGGAACCAUCAUUCAUACAAUGAUACAAGUCUUCAAUCAUAGGCUAGCUCAUCAAACUAGCGCUGAUUGGAACUUAUUUAUCGCUUGGGAGUUCAUGGCUCAGAAGGAAUGUUUACAGCUUUCAGAUUCUCUGUAGCUUACUCCUUCCGUUCAUUUGAGUUUACACUAUAUGACUAAAAAAAACUAAUUAUAUAGUGCAAACUCAAAAGGACAUUGCCCGUUUAAUAAAUGUAAGCAACAACUUGGCUCAUGUUUAAGUAGUUAGAAUUUAUGCAAGGAAAUUUUUUUUUUUUUUUCUGUUUUGCUGUCUUCUUCGACUUGUCAGCUGUGAAUUUCUAUCAUAGCGAUUUUAUGAUAUGUAUCAUGUAUAGGCAAUAAUGAUUUGAUGCGAUGUUUUUAUAUAAUAGAUAGAUACAUUUUUUGUUUCUUUUUACUCGUAAUUCACUUAAUGACACAAUUUGUAUAAGAGAAUAGAGAAUGUAAAGAACAUAAUAUUUAAAAAGGCUUGAUCACCAAU